ACAAAAAAUAUUAUUAAUUAGUGAAAAAUCAAUUCUUCAUCACUGCGGAUUUGGUUUUCAUUCGAAACUACGAAUUUGUCGAUCGUCAUUUCAGGCUGGCGUCAGGCAAAGAAUUUCUGGGAUAUGUUAUAUGAGCUGUAUGCAAAGUAGAAGAAGUUUUUGCUAAUGGCUUCAAGAGCAAUAUUGAGAAGGAAGAGGAACCUCUUUGAUUCUACUCCGAAACCUCAUACCUUCAUUCGAGGUUUUUCGAGCUAUGAGAACUGGGGAUCAUCUAAGGCGUCUAAUUCUUGGGAUUGGUGCUCUACAGUAACUCAUCAACCUCAGAAUGCAGAUAACAGAAAUGAAGGAAGUUCAUAUCCGUCAACCAAAGAUGAGUUACUAAAAGUUUGGGGAAAACAUGUCCUACUCAACUCAUCUGAAAUUCCAGCCUUGGGUUUGAGAGUUGGAAGAUGUGGGUCUCUUCCUACUUUGGGGGGCAGGUGGAUAAUACACCAACAACGAUAUUCGACAGCUGCAGCAGGUCAACCUGAUUUUGGUAAAGGAAAUGAUAAGGAUGCAGAACCAGCUGUUAAACAGAAGAAAGAAGCUUCACCAGAAGAAUGCGAUGAAGCAGUUGAAGAUUUAACCAUGGCCAAAGCCAAAGCAAAAGCCAAACAGCUUCAAGAUUCACAGAUCAGUAUUAAACCUGUACUAAAGAAAAUUUGGGCAAUGCUAUUAGGGAUUGGUCCUGCUUUGAGAGCUGUUGCUUCAAUGAGCAGGGAAGACUGGGCAAAGAAGAUCCGGCACUGGAAGGAUGAAUUUAAAUCAACUAUGCAACACUAUUGGUUGGGUACCAAACUGCUUUGGGCUGAUGUUAGGAUAUGUUCCAGGCUCUUGUUGAAAACAGCUAAGGGGAAGAGUCUUUCCAGGAGGGAAAGGCAACAACUAACACGGACAACAGCUGAUAUUUUUAGGCUGGUUCCUGUUGCAGUGUUUAUUAUUGUUCCAUUUAUGGAGUUCUUGUUGCCAGUAUUCUUGGCAGUGUUUCCCAACAUGCUGCCGUCAACCUUCCAAGAUAAGAUGAAAGAAGAGGAGGCUCUGAAAAGGAAGCUGAAUGCUAGGAUCGAAUAUGCUAAGUUUCUACAAGAAACAGUCAAAGAGAUGGCAAAGGAAGUUAAAAACUCACGAAGCGGAGAACUAAAGAAUACAGCUGAGGAUCUUGAUGAAUUCAUGAAUAAGGUCAGAAGGGGUGCUAGUGUAUCUAAUGAGGAAAUUUUAGGAUUUGCCAAGCUUUUCAAUGAUGAGCUCACUCUGGAUAAUAUCAGCAGACCGAGGUUGGUGAAUAUGUGCAAAUAUAUGGGUAUUAACCCCUUUGGAACUGAUGCAUACUUGCGGUUCAUGCUUCGAAAGAGGCUCCAAAAGAUUAAGAACGAUGACAAGAUGAUUCAAGCAGAGGGUGUAGAGUCCCUUUCGGAGGAUGAGCUCCGUCAAGCCUGUCGAGAACGAGGCUUACUUGGAUUACUCUCAGUAGAAGAAAUGCAACAGCAGUUGCGAGAUUGGCUGGACUUAUCGCUCAACCAUUCAGUGCCAUCUUCUUUGUUAAUCCUUUCUAGAGCCUUCACAGUGUCAGGUAAAGUAAAACCGGAGGAAGCUGUUCAAGCUACACUUUCAUCACUGCCAGAUGAGGUGGUGGACACUGUUCAAGUUACAUCUAUGCCAUCUGAAGAUGCUCUUGCUGAAAAGAAGAGAAAGCUAGAAUACUUAGAAAUGGAGGAAGAGCUCAUCAAGGAGGAGGAAGAGGAAGAAGAAGAAGAGCAGGCUAAGAUGAAAGAUAAACAGAAGGAUGUAGCUUUGGAAGAGAUGACUCUUGCAACAGCUAAAGAAGCAGAAGAACUAAAGAAAACAAAAACUUUGGAUCAACAAGAGCAGCUUUGUGAGCUUAGUCGUGCAAUUGCUGUUUUAUCAUCGGCUUCUUCCGUAAGCCUGGAGCGUCAGGAGUUUUUGAGACUUGUCAAAAAAGAGAUUGAGUUGUACAAUAGCAUGGUGGAUAAAGGUGGCCCUGAAGGUGAAGAAGAAGCCCGAAAGGCAUAUAAAGCAGCUAGGGAGGAGGACAGUGACCACACUAAAGAAAGGACUGUAGAUGAUAAAGUUUCUUCAGCACUUAUUAAUAGGGUUGAUGCAAUGCUCCAAAAACUUGAAAAGGAAAUUGAUGAUGUGGAUGCUAAGAUUGGUGAUCGUUGGCGGUUACUGGAUAGGGAUUAUGACGGAAAAGUCACUCCAGAGGAGGUGGCAUCUGCUGCUUCAUACCUCAAGGAUACAUUGGCGAAGGAGGGUAUUCAGGAGCUCAUAACCAACCUUUCCAAGGACAGAGAAGGAAAAAUCCUUGUCCAAGAUCUGGUGAAGUUAGCCAGUGAAAUAGAACAUGCUGAAGAGGAGGAAACUACAGAAGAGGAAAAAGCUCAAAAAUAAAACCCAUACGGUGAUAGUUUUGAUCCAUUUACUGCUAGCCAUGUUAGUCACCAACCUUCCAUUUUAUACUAAACGCGUUGUGCUUGGUAUCUCAUCCGGACAGGUAUCAACGUAGGUCCUUAUGUGGCUGCUUGUAGUCGAAUAUAUAUUCGAUUGAUAAAAUGCACUCAGAUUCAAUUUCACAAUAGCUAAAAUGUGCAUGUAUAUGGCUGUGUCAACACUUGAAUAUUCAUCUCUACCCUGCCUCACCCUUAGCUUUAUAUUGUAUCUC